AAAAAAUUUGAAAAUGUCCAGCUCCAAACAAUUGCCAGACUGAAAAAGGGGCCUUGCUUUACAGAGAAAUAAUUAUCUCGUCUGUGAGAAGAACCGUCUGUCAAAGUGAGAAGCCGUUCGCUUUGUUUCGAGAUUGAGUGACAAGAAUAGAGGUGGAGAGACCAACGCAUAAAGAAACGGAAGUUUUUUUUGAGUCGUAGUUUUUUAAGGCGCAGAAUCUCUAUUUCUUCAUUUUUUAUACUUCUAUACUUCGCAUCUUCCGUUCGCGUGCGCAACACUAGAGAAAGUGUCGAGGAACAAGGUCCCAUUCGAACGGAAGGUACAAAUUCGAACGCGAGAUAUUUCCUUCAUUGUCGUUCGUGUUGUGCGAGAUUCACUGGAAAAGAUUGUAGAUUGAUUGCGAGAUGAAUGAAGGAGUCGACUUUCGUCUGUCUGUGAGAGCAUUUACUAUUCUGGACAAGCGUGAUGUUGAGGUGGCUCUUCUUCCGGUAACUACGUACUAAAGUCGAAUAAAGUAGCUAGUCUUCGCUUUGCUUUCCUUUGGGAGGAUAAACAUGUUGGAAAAAAUCUAUAUGGUUUUCUCUGAUGUUGCCAACGUACACAACACCAUUGCUGAUGUUCUUUACAACCAACGCACACCAGUCCAUUCGUUUUGUGAGCUCUCGUCCCAUCGAUUUGACGCCCCGUUGAUCUUCACAAUCAUCACAUCUUUUUUAUCGCGCAACAACAAAAGACUCCGCAAAUAUCUUUAUCACUCGUCUCGCCCAGAACGUUGUGAUAUUCAUAGAGUGACGUCCUAUCGUAAAGUCAGUAAAUCUAAAAACAAUCACGCAAGGCACGCAAGAAUUAUAGAAGAUCGAUAUUCCUCUUCCUCAAUUAGGUUGAAGUUUAUUUGAUCUCUUCACCAUAAGGUAAGAUCUCCUCAUUCAUUGGGCUCUUAAUUGUUGAAAAAAAAGAAGUCAACAAGAUGGCGGCUCAAGGUGCGACCCUGCAGAACUACAACAACGAGCUCGUUAAGAGCAUCGAAGAUCUCCGAGAAAAGCGAGAGGAGCUCAACAGGCAGAUCCUCAAGGAAGAGGAGGAUAAGGGAAAGGUAUUCAGUAACUGCUUGGGUUGCCCUCGUCCUCUCUUUUGGCAUGUUUUUUCCUCAUCGAAAUGCAUCUGGACUUACCACCUUUUGACAAGUUUCAUCAUCCAAACGACUGUCCAUAAUCCAUCCAAACGACUCUCUAUUAACAUCCAACAAGAUCCUUCUCCUCUUGACCGCUAUGCAUCUACCCCGCAUGAACACAGAUCCAAAAGGAGUUGUCGAUUUUGACGGACAGAUUGCAAAAGAUCAAUGAAAGUCUCGUGCGCAAGACCCAGGCCCGAAACGAGUACGACAAGACCAUCCAGGAAACGGAAGUAAAAUUUUAUUCUGCUUGUUGUACUAGUUUACGAGUCGUUGAUACCAAAAAAUUGCAGUUCCUUUACAGGAGAUUCUUGUCCUGGACAAGAACUAGACAGUCUAUCAAUCUGCGUCGAUAUAAUGAUCAUGGAUGUGAUUGAAACAGAUGAAUGCUUUGAUUCGAAGGAUCUAACGGAAAGCAUUUGCUUUGAUGUGAAGUUAUUUGUUCUUUUUUUCAGGCCGCUUACAUGAAGAUUUUGGAGUCGAGUCAGACACUGCUGCACGUGCUCAAGAGGGAAACCGUAAACUUGAGCAAGAAGAAGCAGGGCUCAGACUAAUCGCUCGAUCCUUGGUGAGAAAAGGCAGAGACCGUCGAAGUCGAAUAAAACUCAGGGGUCGCUGCGGUCUCUGUGGUAGGAAAAUCUUUUCGGGAGCUAUCGUUAUGGCACAUAUCAAUAUAUAACAGAAUGAUGCUUCCCACUUAAGGGGGAUUCCGUUGCUAAGUUUGCGUCUAUUGUUGUACAACCAAGCUGGAUUCCUUCAUCUGGAAGUUGCAGCGGGAUCCUCUCGUUACUAGACUCUGCGAUGCUUUUUUAGAAAGUUUGGUACAACUAAAAAUAUGAAUGUGCUCUAACUUCUCUCGGCUGUUGUACUAGACAACUAUAGUCGACGACUACUCUCCUUCGCGAGGAGAAGCUCGAUGGAAAAGCGUUUGGUGGAGUUCCAAAGACUAGUUCCAUGAUCUUGCUACAAAUUUAUGUUCAUUUUUGAGAAAAGGCCCCGUUGGUUCUGCGCCACGAUCUUGUUGCACCUCUACUAUGUUGAAUGAAAAACCACUAUGCGUAAUGGGGAGUAGAAGUAGUUGGGCGCACUUGACCACACAAAUGAAGAUGACCAACGAAGAACGAAAAAAAAACGCAGAGAGGAGUUCCUAGUGCGUUUAAGAAGAAGCAACCGUCCUUAUCAUUAUCGCAGCUAGAAUUAAUUUGACUACCUUUUUGACUACCUUGUCGUGCACUCUUAGUAACAUCUAAUUAUCUACACUUGACCACAAAUAAACGCAACUCAUGUAAUCGAUAACCAGAUGAAAGAACUAAAUCACGAUUAGUUUAAGAGUAUAUGUGAGUAGAAGUUCUAUGUAUUUUUCGCAACGUUUUAACUGACAAGUACAAAUUCCCUUAAAUCUUGCCAUUUUCAAUCAAUACAACGACAACACCUCUUCUUGUUACUUGAUACAACUUGCUCUGCGACAAUCUCGAUUUUGUUUAUUUUGACGACGGACUCAUUUUCAGGACGGAGCAUUAACAAGAGGAAAAAUUAUCAGUUUGACGAACUUUUAGCCUCCAACGUCGAGUACGGAUAUUGAAGAUAAAUCUAAUGUCUUAUUCGUAUCAUUGCAGCAUGCAGAGGGUGGUAACUAGGUACCACUCCUUGAACCAGGGUGGUUAGGAGGUUGUCAAACACUAUGUGUUAGUGCGACGUCUCGCGCUAGGAUGUGUGUAUCGAGUCUGUAGUCGCUAUAAAAAAGUAGGGGUCGCCCGCUCAAAAGUAGUGGGUGCACUCGCUCGGCCCGUGUCCACCGUCACCGUACUAUGUAGUGAAUAGAACAUCGUGCAUGCAGGGGAAUCAUCAACGACUCCGAUGAUGAGCAUUGACGCCGAUGAGGGAAAGUCCUCCGCAGUCGAAUGAAAAAUGUACAUUAGGCAGCAUCGAUUCAAUUCAGUCUGAAUUGAACAUCAUCGCAGUGCGCAGAACUUGGUAAAGGAACAGGGAUUCCGUUGUAGUACGUAGCACCUAUUGAUAGCGGAUAGCAGACGAGUCUUGAUGUUGUAGAAAGGAAAGAGGUUAUUUACGAAAAGAUGAAAUUCAAGAUCAACCAAUGUAGUCUUACUCAAAAAGACGGAUAAUUAAUCGUGGUGUAGUUACGACCGCACUCUCCACGACCAGUCGCACA